GAUCUUAUCCAUCGUGGGGGCGAGGAUGUACACAUAGUGCUCUCCACGUACUGGCGCCGGUUCACGGACUACAUUACCUACGUGCUGUCGAGGUACGGCAUCUCUGAGGGCCGCGUGCUGGGUCGUACGCCGGGCCAGGGCCACCUCGCCGGCAGCUGUGCAGACGACAAGGUGUACGAGAGCAGGAGUGAAGAGAUCUGCCACUGGUUGCAGGAGCACCCAGAAGUUUCGGGCUAUGUCAUCCUGGAUGAUCGCGACACUGCGGGCCAGGGCAUGCUGAAGCCGCACUUCGUGCAUUGCAGGAGCGAUUUGGGCCUGACCCCCGAAGAUGUGGAGAAG